AUGGCAAGCAGAUUAACUACACAAAAUAAGAGUAAUAAUAGUCGAUCAUUGGCUCCCUCUUUCAAUAAUUAUACACAAGGAGUGUUUAAUUCAAUAAAAUCAGUUAGUGAUCCAAACACUAAACCAGUCAAGAGUAAUCGUUAUAAGGACUAUAGUAAAUUAUCAGAGAGGUCUGGUAAUAAAAGUAAAGUUUUAAAUUUAAUAACAACUUCAGUUAAUAGUGGCCAAUAUACAGAUAGAGAUGGAUAUGAAAAAACAAGAUUGUUAUCAAGUUUAGUUCCUUUUUACACUUCUAAGGAAAUCAGAGAGUUUGGAAUCACAAUAGAUAAUAAUGCGUGGAAUCGUGCAAUUCAACACGUACAUAAGUAUGGUGCAGGUAGACUGAUUAAUGCAGAAGAGAUCAGCAAUUGGAGAUCUAAAUUUACACACAAUGGACAAAUGACAAGAAGACAAAGAACCACGAUGCUAAGGACAGCCGUCGAAGGUUACUUCAAUAUGAAAGAUAUAACUGAAGAAUCAAGUAAAAACAUGAGGUUGUACAGCAAAGAACUCGACGCAGAUGGUAAACGAGCAUUCGAGUUGGUGCCAAUCAAGAACCUUGCUUUAGGAAACAUAAAUACCUGCUUUACAGAUUACCUCAAGAAGAGUGAAGUUGAUCAAGUCAAGUAUCCACUCAUGGGUAGAAGUGCAUUUUACAGUUUCGUACCAGAGUAUGUCAGAGAAAUGAAGAAUCGAACCGACAUGUGUCCAAUGCAACUUUCAGAUCAAGAUCAUAAACUGUUUGAAAUCUUGACUAUUCACAAGAUGUUUGUUCAGCAAAGAAAGAAUGAUUAUUUGACAUGUAAAAAUGAGUUAAAGGCAGGAGAGUGUAUUAUUCUCUGUGAUUUUAAAGAGAAUAUAUCAUUAGUACUUAAUCACUGUUCGACAUUUGCAAUUUCAUGUCUCGACAAAUUAAUCAAUGAUCCAUUAUUCACCAGUCUAAAUAUCAACAAAAUUACAUUUUGGUGUGAUAAUGCUAGACACUUCAAGUCAAAUGAAAUACUUUCAUAUAUGCAUACAUUGUCAAAGUUGCAAGUAGCUGAUCCAAACACUCCAAACAAAACCAAAAGAAAGUAUCUCGUCGAAUUGAAUACUUUUGCACCCUAUCACGGAAAGAGUGAAUGCGAUCAACAUUUUUCAAUGGUUUCUAGAGCGAUAGCAGACAAGUCGAGUUUCAAAGAUUCAAUCUAUACAGAUCAAGAUGUUAUCAAUGCAAUCAAGAGUACCACUGACAACAACAACUAUCAAAGAACAUACAAAUUGACCUCUGAAUCAGAGAAGGAAGCUGUUACCAUCAAAGUAACAGUCGAAAUUCAUAACCCAAAGGAAUUGAAACAGAAAGAAAUAAAGAUCUUUCCUGGUUUUACAGAGUAUCAUCAUUUCCAGUUUUUAGAUAAUAGAUCAAUGCGUGCCAAUAAACAUUUCAUUAAAUUCAUGGGUGGAAAUGAAGUUGACAAAAUGACUAUCUACAAAUAUUCUGCUAUGAAAAGUCAAGUUGGUAAAGAGACUACAAUUUCCAAAGGCUACGAAUCGACCACCAAGGAGGAGGCACAGUCUUGGAAACCAGCUCGAACAAAUUGUUUCGUCACCUCAGUCACCAUCUCAACCAACACUUUCAAAUUCACAAGCUGCUUCUACUUAAUCUCAAUCUUCACCAAAACCCGCUACCACAACUACACCAGACCAAACACUCUCUGUACACAAAAUAAUAAACAAAUUAAUACACAGAAUAAUACACAUAAUAAUACACAUAAUAAUACACAAAAUACCCAAAGUAAACCAUUGUUUGAUAUCGAAUCGAUUGAUUUUGGUGACGAUGAUCAUGAUAUCGGAUCGAGCUUGAUUUAUAGUGGUAAAAGAAAAGAAAGAGAGGAUGAUUGUGACAAUAAUAGUCAACAUAAAAAAAUAAAUAACCAAAUAAAUAACAAUAACAAUAAUAAUAAUAACAAUUCAACAAAAAAAAGAAUAAGAGAAGAAGAUAAUAAUCAAGAAUCAAUGUACAAUCAAAAACAUCACAAAUCAACUCAUGUAAAUAGUCAAACACCAAUCCAAUCCCCAUCCCAAACACCAAUCCAAACACCAAUUCCAACACAAUCCCAAACACCAAUCCAAACUCCAACCCAAACUCCAAUCCAAACUCCAACCCAAACACCACUCCAUACUCCUAUUCAACACAACACUACAGUGCAAUCAACGGAACAAUCAAAACCAGCAAAAGAAAUUGUCGUAAUCUUUGAAAUCGAUAACAAUUACAACUCGCAGAUUCAAGAUUAUAGACAACAACAACAAAUCAACUAUUUACAACAACUUUCACAAACACUGCAACAACAAUCUCCACCACAGUCAGAAGCAGCAGCAUCAAAUGAUGUAGAAAUGACAUCACAUGAAGAUCCUAUCAUGGAACAAGUUGAGGAAACUGACGAUGCAAUGGAGAUCGAUCGAUUCUGUAUUCCAUAUGAAAAGAUCAAGGACCAGUUGAAUACCGCAGAAGAAGACGAAAACAUGAACAAUGCCGGUGACUUCUUAUCCAAUUGGCCAUCUCUACGAGAACUUAUUAUAAGAAUUCCAUGCCUCACAGCCAUAGCGGACUAUGGACAGCUCUUCUCCACUCUACUUAUUAAGAACCCAUUAUCAAACCUGGUCAAUUCAUACAAAGAAUGUGAUCUUUCUAGAUUUUAUUUGUGGUCAAGUUAUUAUAUCGACUCAGCUACAAUCUUUGAAAAUAAAAUUGUUGAUUGGCAAAGUGAAAGAUACCAGCUUUAUCCACUAUUCAAGGAAUCGAUAGAAAUUAAAGCUCACAUAUCGUGUGUUGAACCAUUUCUAUUUGAUAUCUUUGAGAAUUUGAUUGAAUCUUUCAUAACAUUGAUAAAUAUGUCUGUCCCUGUAUUCUUUGAUCUCUCGGAAUAA